UCAUUCAUCUGAGGCUGGAGAGCUUUUCAUUUGAAAAAGAAGCUUGCUAGUAGAGAUUUGUGACCGCAUUAACACAAAAAAGUCCUUAUUUAUACGUACAGAAUUCCUGUUUGGUUGUCUGAGCCUCGAGUAAGAAUGUCUGAAAGCACUAGCAGCAGCACAGAGGUGAAAUUCAUUGCCCCGGCACCCCCUCCCCCUGCCUCCCCCUGUCCAUCACCCCAGACCCCCCAUAAGAAUGUGAACGGCUCUUCCAGUUCAGACUUGCUCGAGGUGGAGAAGCUCAGUGUACACCCCGAGGUCCAACGUCGGCGCCACACCAUGGAUAGAGACUCCAAAAUAGCCGAGCACCGGUUCUUCCGCCGAAGUGUCAUAUGUGACUCCAACGCCACAGCUUUGGACCUGCCCAGCAAAGCCGCCGUGAUACUCACCUCACCACCAGACUGUGAAGGGACUUCCACCUUCUUCCUUCUGCAGCCCUCAGAUCCUGGACCCGGGGCACAAGACGCUGAAGGCGGGGAGGUCCCAAGAAGUCCCAAUGUGCAAAGCUCGACCCUUCAGCUUGGUCUUGGGCUCUGUGGGGCAGUUGUGGAGGGGCACAUAGAAAAUGCUGAGGAAGAUUUAGGUGAGGGCGGUAUCACGAUUGCUGUUCCCACCAUUAGUAGCGUUGCUCCAGAACAGAGUGCAGAUGGGGUGAUAAAAGAGCCGACCCCGACAGUAUUGGAUGUUACCAACAAACCAGAAGGCAAACCGCCUGACGCCAUAUUGCGUCCCAGAGGUACAGUGGACCCGCUACAGGCGGCAAAGGACGGAAAAGUGAUAGAGCAAGCGGAUGGGGGUGGCGUUAGUAGUCCUACAGAGGAGAAGGAUAAGGAGACGGAGGAGGAGAAGGAGCUGGCCAAAGCACGGGCGGAGCAGAGGGAGGCCGAGAAACGAGUGCAAGAGGAUAUAGAGGAGGUGGAGACAAAAGCAGUGGGGACUUCACCAGACGGGCGGUUUCUGAAAUUUGACAUCGAGAUUGGAAGAGGGUCCUUUAAGACCGUGUACAAGGGACUGGAUACAGAGACUACAGUGGAAGUGGCAUGGUGCGAGCUCCAGGAUCGCAAGCUGUCCAAGUCUGAGCGCCAGCGCUUUAAAGAGGAGGCCGGGAUGUUGAAGGGUCUCCAGCAUCCUAACAUUGUCCGCUUCUAUGACUCCUGGGAGGGACCAUGCAAAGGAAAGAAAUGUAUUGUUCUGGUCACGGAGCUCAUGACAUCUGGCACACUUAAAACCUACCUGAAGCGCUUCAAGGUGAUGAAAAUCAAGGUCCUGCGUUCGUGGUGUAGGCAGAUCCUCAAAGGCCUUCACUUCCUGCACACCAGAGCGCCGCCCAUCAUCCACAGGGAUCUGAAAUGCGACAACAUCUUCAUCACGGGGCCCACGGGCUCGGUGAAGAUCGGGGACUUGGGCUUAGCCACGCUAAAGAGGGCUUCCUUCGCCAAGAGUGUCAUAGGAACCCCAGAGUUUAUGGCUCCAGAGAUGUAUGAGGAGAAGUACGAUGAAUCCGUAGACGUCUACGCCUUCGGGAUGUGCAUGCUGGAGAUGGCUACCUCAGAGUACCCUUACUCUGAAUGUCAGAACGCUGCCCAGAUCUACAGGCGGGUCACUAGUGGCGUGAAGCCGGGCAGUUUUGACAAGGUAGCCAUUCCUGAGGUGAAGGAAAUCAUAGAGGGCUGCAUCAGAACAAACAAGGAUGAGAGGUAUGCUAUAAAGAUCCUGUUGAACCAUGCGUUCUUCCAGGAGGACACGGGCGUCAGGGUUGAACUGGCAGAAGAGGAUGAUGGGGAAAUGAUUGCCAUCAAACUUUGGCUCAGGAUAGAAGAUGUGAAGAAGCUCAAAGGCAAAUACAAAGACAACGAAGCCAUCGAGUUCUCUUUUGACCUGAUCAAGGACGUCCCUGAAGAUGUGGCCCAGGAAAUGGUUGAGUCUGGCUACGUUGCUGAGGGUGACCAUAAGACCAUGGCCAAGGCUAUCAAGGACCGGGUGUCUCUGAUCCGCCGGAAGAGAGAACAGAGGCAGCUGGUACGAGAAGAACAGGAGAAGAGAAGACUUGAGACUGAACAACAACAACAACAACAGCUGCAGCAGCAGCAACAACAACAACAACAACAGCAGCAGCAACAACAACAACAACAACAACAACAGCAGCAGCAACAACAGCAACAACAACAACAGCAGCAACAACAACAGCAGCAACAACAACACCAACAGCAACAGCAGCAACAACAGCAAGAGACCCUUAAACUUUCUCACACACAGGUAGAAGCAGAGGAGACUGAAGUGGAGCUACAGCAACAGCAGCUUCACUAUCAGCAGACAGGCAUCUCACACACAUCUGAAGGAGGUCUGGACAGCGGCCAGGGCUCCUCGGUUUUCUCCUCAGACUCCCCCCACCUGGGUCAGCUGACCAUGUCUUACAACUGCUCCCCCUCCUCACCCCCUUCCCAGCCCCAAACCCCUUACCCCUCCACCCCUUCUGCUAACCCGCAGCAGCACCCAGGCUACGCCCAGCCGCCGCAGCCCAUGCCCGCGUUGCGCCGUCGUCGAAGUCGUAGCAUGUCUUUUUGUCCCCCCUCCUCCUACUCCUUUUCCCACGCUCCUCCGCCCAUGGCCGUUCCUCCGAAGCAGCCCUCCACCCCUCCUCCAGACCUGUCCUCCUCAUCCUCCUACACCACCACCUCCCCCUGCAUGCCUCUCGCAGCUGACUCGUUCGCUGGGCGCCUCUCCAAGGCCCUGGAGACGGUCCUCCCCCUCCACUCGGCCUCCUCUCUGCCCAGGGUUAGGCAGCGGAGGGCCAGCCUACCUGCUCUGUUCUCCACCCCUCAGCAUUCAAUGCCGCACCCAUACAGUGGAGGAGGAAGUACAGGAGGAGGAGUGGGAGGGAGCAUCCCCCUACAAACUCUCCCAGACCCCCCUACUAUUUUCUUCCCAUCUAUCCCUGAGCGCCCCAUUUCCUUCUCGCCUCCGCCCACUGGGCCUCCUAAGGCCUACAACACCCAGAGACGCAAGAGCACGUCCAUUCUCGAGGCACAUACCCGACACUUCCAGCCUGCCUACCCCCGCUAUGGGAGCAGCCUGCAUCCGUUUCCUGGGAUGGAGGGCGUUGAGCCCUCUCUCUAUAUGGUAAAUCCCGGUUUUGCAGCAGCUGCUCAGAGACUUGGUGUCUGUGAGCCGCUGCAUCUCCAAGGACAAUCUGACCCAAGUUUAUACGGCUAUAAAGACAUGAGAGCAGAGCACGAAGAAGUAGUGCGGAGAUUAAGUCUAAAUCAAGCUGCCUUAUUGGACCAUUAUGAAGCCAUGGCAUAUGGAGGUUACCCAAUGACUGCACACCAGCUUGGCCACUUGAGUUUUCAUCAGCAGAGGCAAGCAGCAGCUGCAGCCGCUAGUUUUGGUUUCGAUCCUGUUCCUCCACCUCAACCAGGGUUCCUGCACGCACACCUCAUGCAAAGAAUGAGUGCACACAGCCCAAUCCCCCAACCUUUACCCCCCAUGAGCGGGCUCACUGUCUGCUCUUCUUCAUCGUCUGAUGGAUGCUAUCCUCCACCACAGCAUGCCUCCUCGUCAGCUUACCCGAUUUCUGCACCUCCAGUAAUGGCUGAAUCCCCAGCGCCAACUGGAAGUGUGUUUGAAUUCCAUUUAGCUGCAGCCGCCGCUGCAGCUGCUGCCGGAGACCCAAGCCUCCUGGCUUCCAGACUUUACCGGGCCAGAAGGAGCUCCAUGGACCUCCCUCUGGAGGACAACACUGGAACUGGAUCAGGUGGUUCAGGCACGUACAGCCGCCUUCAGCCGGUGACCGAAGAGCUGUACGCAUAUCUCAGUCCCGAGCUCCCCUUACCUCCGGGAAGUCUUCUUCUCCACCACAUAGGUGUAGCUACAAAAGACAGAAGCCCUGAACCUUCUAGUGACUCUAUGGCCUCCUCUGAUGCCGGGGAGUUCCAGUCACCUCCUCCCCCUCCUAUCCUCCCUCCCUUCGACUCCUCCGCCGCUCAGUCCAUCCCUCACGCAUCCUCCGCUGCACUCUACGAUUCAUCCGGAGGAGUGUUCCCCAUAGACCCCCAGGGACAUCCACCCUCCAUGCAGAGCUUCCUCCCCGCCACUCCGUCCAAUGAGCCUGGGGGAGCGUCAUCAAUCCAGCUGGAGUCUCUGAUCCAGAGUGCCUGGGCUCGGCAUGGAGGGGUGAUACCAGCCCAACCCGAUAUGACAUACCAUGAGUCAUUGCUGGCCAUGCAGGCCGCUAACCCCACUCUGCAACAGGUUCAGACUCCCACCCCCCAGUCCGCUACGGGACCCCCUCUGGUCCCUGUCACCACCCACCCAGCUCCUCCUGGGACCCCCCAACAGGUUGUUUCAUCCAGUCACAGUAUUACAUCAGUUCAGAGCCCCACACACACAUCUCUGUCGCAGGCGUCUUCACAGCCCAGUGUAACUCCAUCUUCCGUUUCCUUGGCGACCCAGCCCUCUGCGUCGCAGUCCCUCCCUGUUCCCAUGCCGACAGCGGUCGUGGCUUCCCCUCCCUCUCCUCUGCCACUCCGUGUUGGGGUGGCUCCUACCAUUGUUUCCCCUCCUCCUCCUCCUCCUCCUCCUUCUUCUCCUGUGCCUCAGCCGUUGGCCACGCUGGUGCCAAUCAUCAGUGUGGUCACCGCCCCACCUGAUACUCCCAUGGAAGCCCCGCCCCAGUCGGCCUCUCAGUCUUCAGAGCUGUCUCAGUCCCAACUACAGCCACCUCAAGUUCUCUCAUCUAUAGAGAGUGGGCAUUCUGAGACUUCAGGUUUGAGCGACGGCAACGAAGGAGGAGGAGGUCGCCAUGAAGGGCGCUCCACUAAGCGACAUCAGCGGCGCUCUGUGCGAAGCCGAUCACGCCAUGAGAAGAUCUCCAAGGCGAAACUCAAUGUCCUCAAUAUCUCCAACCGAGGAGACCGGGUGGCAGAGUGUCAGCUGGAGACCCACAAUAGGAAGAUGGUGACUUUCAGAUUUGACCUGGAUGGAGACAACCCUGAAGAGAUCGCCCAGAUCAUGGUCCAGAGCGAGUUCAUCCUGGAGAGUGAGAGGGAGUCAUUCAUUGAGCAGGUUCGAGAGGUGAUAGAGAACGCAGAUGAGAAGGGUCUGGAGAGAGACACAAACAGCCAGAUAACAGGUGAUAUGGCGCAGCAGAUUCCUGCUAUAUCUGUCCCCAUGCCAGACAUCACUCCCAGUGCAACAGCUCAAGUGGUCCAUUCAGCAGGUCGGAGGUUCAUCGUCAGCCCCGUACCUGAAGCCAGGCUGAAGGAACAAAUGUUUCCCACGUCUCCUUCUCCUGCCCGUGCACCUACUGUUGAAAUAGUUCCUCCAAGAUCCGCUCCAUCUCAGACUCCGGCCCAAGGAGUGGGAUUGUCCCAGUCUGCCGGAGCAGUCAGCUUACAACAAGCCUUCUCCGAGCUCAGACAGUACCAGCUGGACGCUGGUCCCAGUACCGCCCCAGCUUUAAUCCACUCCACCCAUCCUCUCCUGCAGGCCGCAGCAGCCUCUGUCCCUUCACAGGCUAGCACAGUCACUCCUACAGUGGAUGCUACGGCGGGACUCGUCCCUUCUGAUUUGAACCAGGAGCAGGCAUCGGACGCCUCUCUUCCUCCCCCUUCCUCCUCCUCCUCCUCCUCCACCCCCUCCUCUAAGCCCGCUGUCUGUCUCAGCCCCCCUUGUUCCUCCUCCCCUCCUCCUACUGUGGUGAAUCAGUCCAUCCUUCAGUCACAGGUACCACCACAGCCUGGGAUACAGGCUGCGUCCCAACCCCAAGGACAGGUGCCGGUCCCGGGCCAAGCACAAAUCCAGCCCCAGGUUUUCCCCCAGCCUCAGUCUCAAACUGUCCCUGCUGUCAUUGCUACUUCGGUACCCUCCACUUUACCACCUGCCAGCAUCUCCAGCAUCCCGCCAACAAUGCUCACCUCCCCUCCUCCCGCCCAGAUUAUUCCUCACGUAUCCUCCCCUCCCUCCUCCACUCUUCCACCGAGUGAAGUCUCCUCCGAUCAUCCGUCAGUGUCUCCCCCUGCCUCCUCUACUCCUUCCCUCUCCUCCUCUGUCAUCCCCACCACUGUCAUCCCUGGCCCCCAGCUCGCUCCCUCUGCUGCCAUCCACCACAUCCACACUCCGCCCUCCUCUUCCUCCGCUGUUGGUGUUCCCUCAGUCCAACCCACCUUGGUCCACACCCAACCGCAGACGGCAGCGCUGCCCGGGCAGACGCACACACACUGUGGGGAAUGCGAUGCAAGGUGUGAGGCAUUCACUGAGUCCCAAGGCAAACCGGACGACAUCCAAUCUCUGGAGAAGAAGCUGCGGUCUCUCUUCAUGGAUCUCGGUGGAGGGGUGCCAUCCUCCCAGGGAGACAUCUUAGCUGCUGACCCUGCCUCUGGAGUCCCUGUGGCAGGGACCUCUUCCCCAAUAGGCCCCUGCUCUACCUCCAGCCCGUCUGUCACCACACCCGGCUCCAGUCAGCCAGCCAAUCCUCCUCAGCCCCCCUCCAGCCUGUCACUUGUGUCACCUCUUCCCAUCCAGGGCCCUGGAACACCUAUCUCCACCCCUGCACCGAUUGUUUCUACAGUCAUCCCUGCUUCAUCCUUUGGCCAGACCACUCCAUCCAAACCCUCUUUAUCCAGGGCACCGGCCAGUUCUCCUCCUUCAGAACUCCUGCCAUCCUUCCCUGGACCUUGUCUAAUACAGUCCCAGCAGCCUCUGGAAGACCUGGAUGCUCAGUUGAGGAGAGCACUGAGCCCAGAGACCGUUCCUGUCAGCACACACACCCAGGCGUCUCACAGUGGCAUACCUUCAGCGGGACUACCAAUUCCUUUCUCUCUGGAGGAAGCAAAUGGAUCAUUUCCUGGUCCUCCUCAUCCUUCAGCUGGAAUCAAACUGGGAAGAUUUCAGGUCUCGUUGGCUACUGAAGCUCCUCCUCCUGUCCAACGACCAGCAUGCACUGAAUCUUCCUCCACCUCCUCCUCCUCCUCGUCUUCUUCCUCGUCGUCCUCCUCCAGUCUCUCCAGCCCGGAGAAUACACUGCACAAGGAUUCCUCGUCCCCUCUGAGAGGGGGAGGAGGACAAGGAGGAGAUGUCGUGGACGGACUCCCCCAACGCACUCUGGGAGGGUCACACCAGCCCUCCCCCCUCACCUCACCCUGCCACUCUCCUAAGCCCACCACUACCAUCGGACGCUUCCAGGUUACCACCAACCCAGAGGCCCGUGUUGGUAGAUUCUCAGUCAGUCGUGCCCAGGAGCAGAGCCUCGAAUCCAGGCAGACGCCUCCACCCGCUGCCCAGGCUGCUAAUGGACCCAGUAAUCCCGAGCAGGUUUUGAGUCCAGACUCUCCUCAUAAAGCCUCGCUGCCCAGUCUGAACAACAACUCCUUUAAUAACUCCUACAUCAGCAGUGACAACGACUCCGAAUUUGAGGAUGAAGACUUCAAACUGGAAGUCAGCCACCUCAGAGAAAAGCACAUGCGUGAGAUUCAGGCCCUGCACUGCCGCCAGAAGGAGGAAAUAGACAGUCUCUUCACCAGGCUGGGAAAGGUCCCUCCAGCUGCAGUGCUGCCUCCAGUUUUAGGCUUGACUGGCAGGAGGAGACGUCCUACCAAAAGCAAAUCCUCCAAGUCCUCCAGAACCAGCUCCAUGCACAGCAGCAAGAGUCCAUUACAGCCAGGCAGCACUUUAUCCGCCCAGAGCGUCCCCACCAUGUACCCCGGCCAGCUGGCUCUGUUAGCCCCCGGAGGAUUAGCCGAUUCGUGCAGCAGUACUGUGCUCCAGCCACUCAAACCCUCUGCCUCCAGCAACAACCUGUGUUCGGCCUACACCAGCGAUGCGGCACUCUCUGUGCCCAGCCUGUGCGCUCCCGACCCAGGCUGUGUAAAGUUCAGCUGGGGUUCGGAGCGUUUGGCCUUCAAGCCUGGCGGCAGGAGGACGCGCUUUCUGAGUACGCCCUGCUUGGCUCUUUGGAAGAUGGUGAAAAAAGUCUGCCCCUGCAACCAGCUCUGUAGGACUAACAGCACCAAUGCAGUGAGCGGUUCAGGUGGUUUGGGUCAGAGCCAGGGGGGUUCUCAGUGUCUGCCCCCCAACAUGUCAGCCCCCCAUCAGAGGAAAGGAACCUUCACCGAUGACCUCCAUAAACUGGUGGACAACUGGGCCAGAGAUGCCAUGAACCUCUCACAGGGGAAGAGGAGUGCCAAACAGCUGCAGCAGGCCCCAGCACAGGGACAUAGCUACGAGGUGAUCCAGUCAGCCAGUCUGGGCAGGAAGUACUCUGCUCCCAGCCAGCUGUGUCCCAGCAGCAUUGGAGGUUCGGCCCACCUCCCUACAAACUCCACCAACGCUACCUCUCUGAACACCCGCAAGGGCUCCCUGUGCCACCCCCCGGCCUCCUCCGCCCCAACUCAACCCCAACCUCCCCAGUUCAUCAACUACACCCCCACCUCCGCCUACAGUGCACAGUGGGCGGGUCCGACUCACAGCCUGUCAAACCCACACCAGGCCCCAUCACAGCCCGGGCCUCUACUGGUCAGCACCUCCCAGCCGCUGGGCCCCUACCCGACCACGGUUGGUGGACAGGGCCAGAUUCCCGGGCAGGGGCCGCUCCAGGCUUUCCAUCUGACCAACUCUCUCCAGAAGUCGGUCAGCAACCCAGGAGGACCCAACAUGAGGACCACGUAGGACUUGGGGAAGAGGGCUGGUUUGAACUACUGCCCGACUGGACCGGACUGGUGUGGAACAGGGUGUUAUGGGCUUGAUCGGCUGGAGAGGAGGAAAGAACUGGAGGAGCGUGGAGAGAGAGAGAAGAGUUUGAAGGGACAGAAGCUGACCUGUUCACGAAUAGAAAAGAAAAAAAAAAGGACAUGAGGAGGAGGGAAGAAAUCAGGAGUGCGAUGAGGCCAACGUUUGUGUGAUGCGUCUCACCUCUGCAUCCAACCAUGUGUGUGUGUGUGUGUGAGAGAAGCUGUCACAGACACAAAUGCAGUCACACAAUCUCCCUUUGUGCUGUGCUGGACUGUAGGUUUGUGACAGACAGCCAAAUGCUCAAGGAUAAAGGAAAAAGACUCAUGAGUGCAAUGUUAAAAGGCCAAAGAGAUUCUGACAGGGUGCGGGAUUGGCGUUAAUUACUGUUGGUGUGUGAGGUGUUUUGUAUGCGCAAUCAUGGCUCUGUCAUACUUGUUCCAUUUCAUAUUGAGUAUUGAGAUAAUAUCAAGAUCUUAAAGACAAUACUAACAUGCAACAAUGCAGUUUUUCCCAAAUUGAAAUACAGAAAAGACAUUGGCUCUCUAUAAAGAGGUAACUGGUGGAUGCAGAGGGGAGCAUGGCCGGCCAUCGCAUUAAGGUCUUAGUUCUCAGUGUCAACAUAAAACGAUGCACAAGAGGCUCCAUCACUCUGAAGUUAAGCACUGGCAGGGUUUCUGCUUAAAAAGGAAGGGUGCACAUAGCAGCAGGUAAAAGCUUUAAUAUCAGGUGAGAGCCGAAUGGAGAGAUGUUCAGGGUGUUUAGGAAGUGUUUUUUCUUCAGUAUUCAGAAUUUGGAAAUUUUCCUCAAUUCAAAGCACAAAAGAAAAUCAAGAACAAAUCAAACACACAUUGAGAAUUGAAACGCCUCAAACUGAGCCUGGUUUACAGUCGAUACAGUCCAGCACUUGUUGGUGUUUGACUCGUCAGCUGGAGGAAAGAAAAUCGUGAUAGCUACUCCUCUGUUACCUUCUGUGUCUUGUUCCUCCCUUGUUCUGACAAACCAUUCAAACAGACGGAGAGAGAUGGAGGGGAAAAAAGGUGGAUGAAGAGGGAGAGCAGCGAGAGGGUGUUUGCAUUAAAUACCAGUCAAACAAUCUGUUUCCCAGUUCACUGCUUACUAUAGGAGCACACUGGCUGUGUGCAACGUGAGUAUUGAUGAACGCGAUGCCUCUGCACAUCAAACACCUCUUCACCAUCACGACUCCACCUCUCCCUCCAUCCCUCUCUCCGCCUCUCUGUUGCCAUUUGAAGCAAUAACAGCAGAAACCUUUUAGAGAAGAAAAAAAAAGCAGCCCAAACACGAGAGAACUCAGCGUGAAAAAGUGGCCUUGUUAACAGAAUAAUAUCAGAGUCCCUGUACAGUUGGUGUCUCUGUUUAUUUUUUAGAAUGUCAGCCAUGAUGAUUCCAUUUUGUUGUUUUUAUUUUGGUUUUGUUCAGUUGGGAUUGUUCUGCUUGCUGCCCCCGGCUAGCAAACUGAUACACACACACACACACACACACACACACACACACACACACACACACACACACACACACACACACACACACACACACACACACACACACACACACACACACACACACACACACACACACACACACACAAUGCAUGAGACAUUCACAUAAAUACAAACACAGACUUAUGUAAAUACACACACAUUGUUGGAGGCGUAGCAUCCAUUUAACAGACACAUUCACAGACUAAUGCCUCAGUUCUUUGUGUCAUCAUUAGGGUGUUUUCAACAUUUGUGUUGAAAUGAUUGCAAUGUAAAUUGUUGUUAAUGAUAAUUAUUCUAUUUAAAAAGAAACAAAAACGUGUUCUGUUGAUGGACCUGUUAUUCGCGCACAUCGGUGUACGAUGUGGAAACACUGUGAUUAUUGUUGUUUAUUAUUAGGAAAAUGUUGUUGGACAACAUUAGUUUAGGGUGAAAUAUCACAAAUUUAAAAAGAAAUAAAAAAAAAGCAUACAGAGAACGGUUCGGGGUCCUUUCACUUUCAAUUCACUGCUUUCAGCAAAUGGAUUCUUAUCAAAAUGUGAAAAUUGAGAAUAACUCUUUUCAAUAAUCGUCCCCACAUUCAGUGACUGAGGACACGCUCUAAACAAAUGCCUUACAGACAACUAACCAACCGCAGUUUCAGUUCCUUGUUCAGAACUGAUUGAAUUGAAAGUCGAAACUGACCUCCAAGCCUGAUUUAUAAGUGAACGGCAGGAUAGUUGAUAUUUAGAUAAUAAAGUAAUGCUAGCUAUUUUUUUUUCUUAAUACAGUACUUAUAUAUCAGACACUUUAAAUAGCCCUCCUCUUCCCUUUCUUCCCUGUUUUUUGUUAGAUGAAUGUGAAUGUAUAAACCAAUGGUGUCCAUUUUUAUGUACUUGAAAACAAACAAAAAAAGAAGUCUGUCUUUUAUUUUUUGCUCUCUUUCACUUCCCCUGACCCUCCUCUAGAGCCUCCGGUGAAUACUGGAGGAACUUACUAGUGCCUUGCAUCCUUCCUGUUGCUCGUUUCUUUUGGGGGUUGAGGACUUGGGUUAAAGUAAGCACACUUGACAGCACGUGUGGAGCGUU